AUGGUGAAGCUGCAAGAGAAGCCGAAACCAGUGGAUAUGACGCUCAAAAUCAUCGGGAAUGCAGCGGUCGUCAUGAACACGGUCGUGAGAAAUCCCGAGGAACACGAGACUCACCCUGAACCGGUAGAACAGACCCAUUCUGACCUGAGUCCAAAGGUUGAGACCUUGAAUCUAGAAAGUAUGAUGGAUGGCAAGAAUAAUGCUCAGGCCCCUGAACCGUCAGUGGAUGUCCACUCACAGACGAGUAAUUCGACACGGGUCCAGAGGCUGGAGGCAGAAUAUGCUCGGGUGAUGCGAGUCUCUGCUGAAGAACUGGACCUGGAACCUGCUGUAUAUCUCAGAGAAGGAAGUGAUCUGAUGACUCAGUUACGAGACCAACUUAUCAUGCUCCCGGAAAUUGAAGAAUUGACCCCAGAGUGUGACAUCGACGAAGCGAAUGUUGGAGUUCCGGGGGUCACAACUCCAGAGAUGGAAGCUAAGAUGAGGGGGAUCCAGAAACGCCAUCGCAGUAUCUUCCUGGGGGACGGUAAUGCAGCUCCGUCUCCGGCCAGGGGCGUGGUGUGCGACAUCGACGUCGGUGAAGCAAAACCAGUGGCUCUACGUGCGAGGCAGAUUGCCGCACCUUUCUUAGUGAAGGUGUUUGAGCUCCUGAAGAAGUUGCUAGAGACAGAGCUCAUUGAGCAUUCAGAGUCUGAGUGGUCUUCACCUAUUGUGAUCGUGCUGAAGAAAAACGGCAUCGAUAUCAGGAUGUGUAUUGACUACCGGCUUCUGAAUUUGCUCAUUAAGCUAUCUCGAAGCUAUCUCGCUAUCCUCUACCCUUGA